CCCCUUAAAUUUUUCCCUCUUUGUUAUAUUGCAGCCAUUUGUUAAAAUCAUUUAAGUUCAUUUUUUCCUCAUUAAUGUACACACAGCACCCAUAUUGACAGAAUUUUUUUAAAAUAGUUUUUGCUGAUUUAUUAAAAAGAAAAACUGAAAUGUCAUACAGCCAUAAGUAUUCAGACCCUUUGCUGUGACACUCAUAUUUAACUCGGGUGCUGUCCAUUUCUUCUGAUCAUCCUUAAAAUGGUUCCACACUUUCAUUGGAGUCCAGCUGUGUUUGAUUAUACUGAUUGGACUUGAUUAGGAAAGCCACACCCCUGUCUAUAUAAGACCUUACAGCUCACAGUGCAUGUCAGAGCAAAUGAGAAUCAUGAGGUCAAAAGAACUGCUUGAAGAUCUCAGAGACAGAAUUGUGGCAAGGCACAGAUCUGGCCAAGAUUACAAAAACAUUCCUGCUGCACUUAAGGUUCCUAAGAGCACAGUGGCCUCCAUAAUUCUUAAAUGGAAGACGUUUGGGACGAUCAGAACCCUUCCUAGAGCUGGCGGCCAAACUGAGCAAUCGGGGGAGAAGAGCAUUGAUGAGAGAGGUAAAGAAGAACCCAAAGAGGCUGUGUCUGAGCUCCAGAGAUGCAGUCGGGAGAUGGGAGAAAGUUCUAGGAAGUCAACCAUCACCGCAGCCCUCCACCAGUCGGGGCUUUAUGGCAGAGUGACCCGACGGAAGCCUCUCCUCACUGCGAGACACAUGAAAGCCCGCAUGGAGUUUGCAAAAAAAACAAAACAAAAAAAACACCAGGAGGACUCCAAGAUGAUGAGAAAUAAGAUUCUCUGGUCUGAUGAGGCCAAGAUAGAAAUUGUUGGCCUUAAUUCAAAGUAGCAUGUGUCGAGGAAACCAGGCAAUGCUCAUCACCUGUCCAAUACAGUCCCAACAGUGAAGCAUGGUGGUGGCAGCAUCAUGCUUGGGGUGUUUUUCAGCUGCAGGGACAGGACAACUUGAAUGUGGCCAAGUACAAGGAUAUCCUAGAUGAAAACCUUCUCCAGAGUUCUCAGAACCUCAGACUGGGCCAAAGUUUCACCUUCAAAAAAGACAAUGAGCCUCAGCACACAGCUAAAAUACCAAAGGAGUGGCUUCAGCACCACUCCGUGACUGUUUUUGAAUGGCCCAGCCAGAGCCCUGACUUAAACCCAAGUGGGCAUCUCUGGAGAGACCUGGAAAUGACUGCCUACUAACGUUCACCAUCCAACCUGACAGAACUGGAGAGGAUCUGCAAGCAGGAAUGGCAGAUGAUCCCCAAAUGCAGGCUGCCUCCCAGUGCCGCUAUUCAAUCAGAAGAAAAGAAAUCGAAUUCCUUUGACGUCGACUCCCUCUGAGAAUGACUUCUUUUCUCACAUGCCAAGUACCAGCUCACCUGCUCCCUGUGGUGCAUCAGGUUCCUCUUUUGAUGUGUCUCCGAGUCACCAGUGGAACAAACAAGACAUCUCACGAUCUACUCAGUCCCAACAAUAUGGCGGCUAUAGACCUGCACCAGCAAAGAGAUCUUACACACCUUUACCACAUCCGUACAAAGCCGGAAGUACAAACUCUAUGAUGGGAACGGCCAGCAACCCAGAGAGACAACAGGAUGCCAGAUCAAUUUUCACUUUCAGACAGAAGCAAUAUCAAACCCCUUCCAGCAGUCAUAGUGGGUUCUCUCGGUUGAGCCAGCAACCAUCUUACAGGCCGCCCGACCCUACCCAGUUCCGAUCUCUGCCUCCUCCUGCCCAACUAUCCAGUGGACCAGCUACUCAGAUACAAAACAAAUGGAAUUUUACAAAUAGUUUUGGACCGCAGAAACCCACAUUUGUGGGGAAUAGGAGUGCAAAUAAACCCCAGACUCCACAAGAAACUCAAACGCAGGAAAGUGUUCCAAAAAAAGCCCCGUUUGACAGCUCACUCAGGAUUUUGACCGCAGUCAUUGAGGGCAUGAGACACUGGAGCCAGUUCAAAGACAAAGUCCUCUAUUUUUUUGAGCUGUUUGCUACUCUUGACUCCGCUGUCACGCUCGGUCACCAUGGAUCCAAGAACUUCCUGUUGAGAGAUGGGAAGCAGGUUGUGCAGUGUGUCUUCUAUGAAAAUGAGCGAGAGCUGCCUCGUCUUAUCCGUGGUCAAGUUCAUCGCUGCGUGGGUAACUACGACCGCAGCAAAGAUGUCCUGGUGUGCGUGUCAGUGCGAGCGGCCGAGCCCUCGGAGGUCAGCAACGCUCCGGAGGCCAUCAAAGCCUGCGACGCUCACAUGCGCAAACUCGUCAGAUUACUUCAUGAAGUCUGACUACUGAAAGCAAAAUCUGCUGACAAGUAGAAUUUAUGGGUGGAGCAAAUAGCAGUAUUUUCACAUUGUUGUUAUUGUUUGAGAGUAAGAUAUACACGGUCUGAGGAGCUUUAUGAAAGAUUCAAAAUAGUUUGUGAUCUCAUCUUAGUUCAGUAGUAUGAAAACAAAAACAUUUACACAGUUGAGUUGACUUGCUUGUUUUGAUGAGAUUAUUGUACGGUUUUUUUCAAUGAAUUAAAAUGAAACUAAUGUGACCAAAACCUUAAACUGGAAA